AUGUCUGGAGGCUAUCAAUGCGGCGACUACUUUGAGGCCACCCUCUCGUAUUGGGAGCACCGGUUGGAUGGGAACUGUACUCUCAUUACCUAUGAAGAGAUGGUAGCGAAUCCGAGGGACAGUAUUGUGAGAAUCGCCUCAUUCUUAGGCACCAAAUACGUGCACCGACUGUACGACCGGUGCGGAGACACCACUACUGAUGAGAUCCUAUUGGAUCGCAUUAUAAGGACUUCCAGUUUUGAAGCCAUGAAAAGCAGUCAAACCACAAGUGAUGACCAUUUCAGGAAAGAGUUAGGGAANUCCAGUUUUGAAGCCAUGAAAAGCAGUCAAACCACAAGUGAUGACCAUUUCAGGAAAGGUAUGGCCGGCGACUGGAGGGCUGUUAUGAGUAGAGAUGAAAGCGAUUUGAUUGACCAGAGAGUUAGGGAACAGUUCGUGGGAACGGGUUUAGAGUCACUUUGGGAACGGGAACUCAAAUGGCAUGACUCAACCAAGUAG